AUGGCACCGAUUGCCGGCAAGAAGGCCAAGAGGGGAAUCUUAGAACGCUUAAAUGCUGGCGAGGUCGUGAUCGGAGAUGGGGGAUUUGUCUUUGCACUGGAAAAGAGGGGCUACGUCAAGGCUGGACCCUGGACCCCAGAGGCUGCGGUGGAGCACCCCGAGGCAGUUCGGCAGCUUCAUCGGGAGUUCCUCAGAGCUGGAUCGAAUGUCAUGCAGACCUUCACUUUCUAUGCAAGUGAGGACAAGCUGGAAAACCGAGGGAACUACGUGGCAGAGAAGAUAUCUGGGCAGAAGGUCAACGAAGCUGCCUGUGACAUUGCACGGCAAGUUGCUGACGAAGGGGACGCGUUGGUUGCAGGAGGGGUGAGCCAGACACCUUCCUACCUCAGCUGCAAGAGUGAGACGGAAGUUAAAAAGAUAUUUCACCAACAACUUGAGGUCUUCAUGAAGAAGAAUGUGGACUUCCUCAUUGCAGAGUAUUUUGAACAUGUUGAAGAAGCCGUGUGGGCAGUCGAGGCCUUAAAAACAUCCGGGAAGCCUAUAGCGGCUACCAUGUGCAUCGGACCUGAAGGAGAUCUACAUGGCGUGUCUCCUGGAGAGUGUGCAGUGCGUUUGGUGAAAGCAGGUGCCGCCAUUGUCGGCGUGAACUGCCACUUCGACCCCAGCACCAGCUUGCAGACAAUAAAGCUCAUGAAGGAGGGUCUGGAAGCAGCUCGGCUGAAGGCUUACUUGAUGAGCCAGCCCCUGGCCUACCACACCCCUGACUGUGGCAAACAGGGAUUUAUUGAUCUCCCAGAAUUCCCCUUUGGAUUGGAACCCAGAGUUGCCACCAGAUGGGAUAUUCAAAAAUACGCCAGAGAGGCCUACAACCUGGGGGUCAGGUACAUUGGCGGCUGCUGCGGAUUUGAGCCCUACCACAUCAGAGCCAUUGCAGAGGAGCUCGCCCCAGAAAGGGGAUUUUUGCCACCAGCUUCAGAAAAACAUGGCAGCUGGGGAAGUGGUUUGGACAUGCACACCAAACCCUGGAUCAGGGCAAGGGCCAGGAAAGAAUACUGGCAGAAUCUUCGAAUAGCUUCGGGCAGGCCGUACAACCCUUCGAUGUCCAAGCCGGAUGCUUGGGGAGUGACGAAAGGGGCAGCAGAGCUGAUGCAGCAGAAGGAAGCCACCACUGAGCAGCAGCUGAGAGCGCUCUUCGAAAAACAAAAGUUCAAAUCCGCACAGUAGCCACAGGCCAGCGGUUCGGGGCGAAUUCCUCCAGGUCCGGGCCACAGUGUGCACCCGGAAGGAGAAGGCGUCUCUAAACCAGCGUUUGUGUGGAUGCCGGCUUACACCUAUGAUUGGUGCUAGUUAGACAAAAUGGAAUCACAGAUAGCAUUUCACAGUUACAAAACUACGCUUUAGAAUUUUACCUAGAAGGAAGAAAGGAGAAGUCCACAGUAAAUCCUGAGCACAUUUCCUACGUGCCUGUGGCAUUACAGGCGCACAGGGGUCACUGCAGCACAGAGAAAGUCACCCGAUGUCAAUCUCAUUUCAGAUAGGGGGAUAGGACACCACCUCCACGAGUGACAUAGAACCACUCAGGGACCGUAUCAUAAGUGACACAGCAACCACCUUUAUCUAAGAUGCUUCCCAAGUGGAUUCCAAGAUCUUUUGAGCAGGACCCUUAGGCAGAAACAACACACACCAGCCCUGUAAAACUUAACAGAUAACCACAGUAAAGAAACAACUGAUCCAUUCUGUAAUUCUGUAAUCUCUGUUCUGACUGCUUCCAUUCCAUUUCAUUAAUAAAAACAUGCCGGUUGAAAACCUUCAA